UUGGUCACACUGCACUGAAUUAAAAAAAGAAGAAGUUUACUCAGAAAAACAAUAAUAAUUGCAAUUAUCGCUAAUUGAAAGAUUGUCAAAAUGAUACCAAAAAAGACGACGGUUAAGGAUUCACAUAUUGUGAAAAUAGCCGUGGAACGGGAGCACCAUAUAGCGCAGUUGAUAAACCUGGAUCAAAGGCAUCCGCUGGCAAGUAAAAUCCAGGACAUUUGCAAUGGUUGGUCCAUCAGCGAUCACCAAAACUACGCACUCCAGUUCUGCGAUCCCAAUAACCGGAAGUACGUGACCGAAAAGAAUCGCAAUGAGAUCAAGAAUGGCUCCGUACUACAGCUGCAGUAUUCGCCAUCCAAGACUGCCUGCGAUGCCAUGGAGGUGCUGCUCAAUGGCAGUCCACAGGAUAAGGCGCUGCGUCUGAAGGAGCUCACUACCCUGAGCACCGAUCACACCUUUGCCCUGGAGUUCAUCAAAGAGAAGGGUCUCGACACACUCAUUAGGAUGAUCGAGGAUGGCGGUCAGACCAACGAAGACAUUCUCAAAUACAGCCUGGCCAGCUUUGUGGAGCUGAUGGAGCACGGCACGGUGUCCUGGGAGGUGCCGGAAAUCUCAUUCGUGGCCCGCAACAUUGAGAUCGUGCGAAACUUCCAGAAGUAUCCUACGGACUGUGGUGAGAGCGCCCUGUCCAACUUGGAGAACAUUGUUAUGUGCAGCAAUAAACAUCUGCUUGUUGCCGAGGACAUCAAGUUGCAGGAUAUUCUCCGUUUGCUUCAGGAUGUCAACUCGCCGGUGAUGCGACAAAAUGCCAUAGCCCUGCUGAACGCUCUGUUCGUCAAAGCAGACGAGGGCCGCCGCAGGACCAUUGCUCAAACUAUUAGUGCCAAGCAGUUCCGCCUGGCCCUCAUCGGCAAUGGACUGGGCACGGAGAUGACCCACCAGCUGUACGUGCUGCAAACGUUGACUCUCGGCCUGUUGGAGAAGCGCAUGCGAAUGAAGAUGAACGCGCAAGACCAGGACGCACACGAGAAGAUCAAGGAGCUGCGGCGCAUAGCCUUCGACGAUCAUACCAACGCUUUGAAUCAAAACGACGAUCACAUCCGACGUGGCGGUGGCUCCGGAGCUGGCAAUGUCAACUUCUCGCAGUACUACAAAAAGCUGGGCUUCAAGUGCGAUAUUAAUCCUGCUCAGGAUUUCAUUGAGACGCCGCCGGGUAUAUUAGCGUUGGAUUGCAUGGUGUAUUUUGCACGCAACUACACGCAACAGUAUGCGAAGAUCGUCAGGGAGAACUCCUGCCGUGCGGAUGAGCACGAGUGUCCCUUCGGACGCACCUCCAUCGAAUUGGUCAAGGUGCUAUGCGACAUCCUGCGCAUUGGCGAGCCACCAGCCGAGCAAUCCGGUGACUUUCAGCCUAUGUUCUUCACGCACGAUUCGCCGUUCGAAGAAUUCUUUUGCAUAUGCGUCAUUACGCUGAAUCGCACAUGGAAGGAUAUGCGUGCCACUGCCGAAGACUUCAGCACAACCUUCAGCGUGGUGCGGGAGCAGAUCCAGCGCACUCUCAAGGGCAGACCCGAGAACCUGGACGAUUUCCGAAACAAGAUCGCUUUGCUGACCUAUCAGCAGAUCACAACACUGCGCCAGCAGGAGCGCACUUCGAAGGAGGAGUGUGACUCCACGGCUUCGGCGAUUGUUAAGCUCAAAGAGAAGAUAUCACCGCACAUUCUCGAGCUAAUCAAGCAGCAAAGGCUCUCUUUUCUGGUGGAAGGUACCCAUUUUGCAAAGUACUUGCGAGGCACACGAACUAAGGACAAGUUCUGGUACGCUCGUCUUUCGCCUAAUCACAAGGUGAUUCAUUACGGCGACUGCGAUGAGAAGACAAUACCGACCAUGGAGGAGCUGCCCAAGAAACUGCCCAUCAGUGAGAUUAAGCAGUUGCUAGAGGGCAAGGAAUGUCCGCAUAUGAAGGAAACUCGCAUUCGAAAAUCGGCGGUAAACCUGGCCUUCUCCAUCACCUUCGAGAACAUGGAGCACUCUACGUUGGACUUUGUGGCACCCGACGAAAGCAUAUUCAACUACUGGACGGACGGAAUAAACGCGCUGCUGGGUCAACCGAUGGUCAGCAAGCAAAAGAACGAGGACUUCGACACUCUGCUGUCGAUGGAGAUCAAAUUGCGCCUGCUGGACACCGAAGGCGUGGACAUCAGCAAGGACCCACCGCCAAUACCGGAGGAUCCCGAGAACUAUGACUUUUGCUUUGAGAGCUAAGCACAUCGCGCACAUUUAAUUCACGAAAUAUUCGAUUCAUUCUAGACUCUCCCAUCACCCAAGAUACAUGCCAAAGUGUACCCACAACAUAAUUGUAUUCUCCGAUCUGAUCUUCUACUAGUAUUACUUGUGCAAUUCCCCGAACACAAAAUGAACAAACUGGUGGCGGGGACGUCCAAGUGACUAUCCGCUGCCUAGCCAUUUAGUGAACUUUACACCAUUUAUGAUUAUAAUAGGUAUAUAAUAUAUAGAGAUCAUUAAAUAACACAUUUUAUACAUAA